AAGGUUUUUGGCAGCGCACCGGUCGGAUUGUGGUUUCCGGUGUGACUUUUUCGUCUCGUGUGUCUCGACGUGUUUUUUGAUGCUGAAUCAAUAAUCGAUUAAUAAUCACGUCAUCGCCGCCUGACGUCACUCUCCUGCUGAAACGUGAAUUGAAAUAAAGUUUGAAUGUGCGGCGGAGUUUCUCUUUGAUCUCGCGACCUUCAGCGGCUCAGGUGUCGUCAGCAGGUGAGGGGGGCACGUGCUCCGGCUGCCCGGCAGAGUCUGGAUCAUGGCAGUCCAGGUGACCGAGUCCGACCAGAUCAAACAGUUUAAGGAGUUUCUGGGGACGUACAACAAGGUGACGGAGAACUGCUUCAUGGACUGCGUCAGAGACUUCACGACCCGGGACGUGAAGCCGGAGGAGUCCAGCUGCUCCGAGUCGUGUCUGCAGAAGUACCUGAAGAUGACCCAGCGGAUCUCCAUGCGGUUCCAGGAGUACCACAUCCAGCAGAACGAGGCUCUGGCUGCUAAAGCCGGACUGCUGGGGCAGCCUCGCUGAACCGGUCCGGUCCAGCGGCACCGUGUCGGGCGAAUAGAGACUGAAGCUGCUGGCGUUUCGUUUCCCCUGAGCUGGGAGAUCUAGUUUUGUGUGUUACGUUGUGAUGAAAUCUUUAUUAUUAAACUCCAUGAACCCGU